ACUCGGCGAGUUUGGCAACGCGGAAUAUUCCCGUCACAACUGUCAAGUAGUUCGGAGGCGGUUGUGUCCUGUGAUCUCGUUUAGUGUUAAAUUGAAAUAAAGCCUCUCUAAACCAAGAUGAAAAUCUGGACGAGUGAACACACUUUCAAUCACCCAUGGGAGACCGUGGCCACCGCUGCAUGGAGGAAGUAUCCCAACCCCCAUAACCCGGCAGUGAUCGGGACAGACGUCGUGGAGCGAAAAGUCGUCGAUGGGGUCCUCCACACACAUCGGUUAGUCAGCUCGAUUUGGUACUUCCCCAAAUGGGCCCAGGCUAUAAUCGGCUCUGCUAAAGUAUGUUACGCCCGCGAGCACUCUGAAGUGGACCCUUUCGCUCGCCGUAUGAUCCUCAGGACAAUAAAUUUAACCUUUUGUCGACACAUCGCCGUCCACGAGACGCUUAACUACCUCCCGCAUCCAUCAGACCCGAGCAAAACUCUCUUGAAACAAGAAGCCGUAGUUACGGUGAAGGGAGUCCCUCUCAACACCUACAUGGAGGACCUCCUCACUAACAAAAUCUCAAACAAUGCCGGGAAAGGCAGACAGGCCAUGGAAUGGGUAAUAAAAAAGUUGAACGAUGAAGUAAAGGAUUUAACGAGGAGCACAGACGAGAUCCUUAACCAGACAAAGAAAUCCAUAGAUGACAUAGCAUCAAGUGCGAAAAAAUCAAUGGACGAUAUCUCGCAGAAGGCCAAAAAGAGUUUCGAUGAUAUACAAAAUCUACGAUCGGGGAAUUUCUCAGAAUUUUAGUGGAAUUGUCAAUUUAGGUUUUUUUUUACUUGAUUUUGUUGAAAUGACAAAGUAUUAGCAUUUAAUUUAUUUAAAUCUCAACUUAAGUGAUUUUAAAUUGUUUGUAAGGCUGAUUAGUUGGGUACAAUUUUUCAUCUAAAGUGGGUGCUGUUUGGAUUUAAUUCAGAUAUAGUAAUUGACAUCUUUUAAUUACAAAUGGCCGUUGCUCUAGUUUUUUACGUUGGGAAAUUAGAACAGUUGCGAAAAAUUGUACAGAGCUACCUGUUGUAGGGUUAUGUGAUGUACAUUAAUUGUAAAUAAGUGUUAUAAAUAAUGAAAUUUAUUUAUUGACAUUCCUUGAAUGAAUGUUGUAGACUAGCUGUACAUAAUUCUUGUUAAUAAAUUCUCGUGCACUUGAA